CAUGCAGGUUCUAGGUUUUCAUCAUUCCAAAACGUGUUUAUUAGUUUUGGUGCUUGGCAGACUCAUGUAUUCACAGCAGAGGCAGCAGAAGAGGUAAAGAAGGUCAUGUCUGUGAAGCCGUCAGUUGUUUGCUUCAUAGUGAGAGUCCAACACUGUAGAGCCAGGUGGCAGAUGCAGAAAAGUUCAUUGCAGGAAAGCCAAAAAGUAAAAACAAAAGAGCAGAGUCGAGAAGCCUUUUCAUCCAGUGUGGCGUCUUUGUCAAUCCCAUGAUUGUUUAAGGGGGUUACAUGAACCCUCUUGUUCUGCACCCCCUGAUGUCAGGAGACCCGUAGUCUGAGUGGUAGUCUUCAGUAAAACAAUUCAUUGUUUUUAAAACUCACUUAAAAAGACAAUAUUCAUUCACAGCAACGCAUUUUCUAGUACUCUGUCCAACCUGCUCAACUUUCCUGGAGGAGCAGAUCAAACUUUUCCUCACCUGGGAUAAAAGAAUCAUGUUUAAAACACUCAAAAAGUAAACAAGACUUUCAGACAAAAAACACAUGGGUGGCCUUUUAUGACACAAAACCCAACGUGAUGUCAUUAUCUGCCAACAGACCUUUUAUCAAACUUGAAGUGAUCAUCUUUCAUCAUGUGUCAAAGUGACCAAAGCCACCUCCAGAUGUUUGUUAGUCAACAUAGGCAGGACCACUUUGCUGGACUGGACUGAAAUGAGGCUGUCUUCUCUCCAGCCUCUUGCCUCUCCAGCGAUCCUCUAACACACAACUUUCAUGAAAGAUCUCUGUGUUAGGCUCCACCCAGGAAGGACGGGUCCAACUCCCUUGAGACAUUCGCGACAACGGAUCUCAAGUAAAACAUCAUCCCAGGUGUCGCUAAUAAAAUGAGCUUCCUGUUCUACCCGUUAAAGGCCAUCAGGAACAUGCUGCCUGCGUCUGUAGACCUUAACAGGUUUCCAGAGGAAAACUGGGCGAUCGAGAAAAGUUGGACUGAAUCUGCUUUGUUCGAUUCAUUGCCAGCAAAGGCUUCCACUGCUCUUAAGAAUCUCCUGGCUGCCCAUGGAUUACCUGAAAAUCUCGAGCCCUUCAUCGAGGUGGGUGAGAAGCUGGAGAAGCUCAUGCAGGAAUUGGAGAGACUCUGGGUCGACCACUGUCCUUUUCCCAAUUCUUAUCCUCAACUGGCUGUUGAGAACUUGCAGCCCACUCAAGGUUCCAAGAGUGAGCCUGCGCUAUACCACUGGCUGGUGUACAUAGCGCUUUUCCGUACUGUGUGGGAGAAGAUCCAGCAGAAUUUGAAGAGAUAUGGUGACCUUCCACCCCACUGGAACGACAUGAGUUUCGACCUGGUGAAAGUUUGUCCAGUUAGUCCAGAGUCCACUGAAUACAAGCAUCUCACGUAUAGGCUGAAGCACCAGGGCUUCACUCGAAGGCCCAUCUCUAUCGAGCGGGUGCAGAACAAGACGUUGUGGAAGAGCUACCAGCUGAAGAAGAAAGAGCUGGAGGAGAAGAACUACAGUCAGAGCAAUGAGAAGAUUCUGUUUCACGGCACCAAGGCCAACUUCAUCCCCAAUAUAAACAGGCGAGGCUUCAAUAGGAGCUAUGCUGGGAUGCAAGGUGCCAAAUAUGGAAAGGGCUCAUACUUUUCAGUUAAUCCCAAUUACGCCCGAGAAUUCUGCGGACCGGACGAAAAUGGCGUCAAGCGCAUGUAUAUUGUGCGAGUCCUGGUGGGCGCCUUCACUCUGGGGAGAGCUGACAUCAUCGCUCCACCUCCCACCAAUCAUGAGGCAGGAGACCUGUUCGACAGCGUGGUGGACACGCUGGAAAGACCUACCAUGUAUAUAACCUUCAAUGACAUUCAGGCGUAUCCUGAGUACCUGAUUAGCUUCAUGUGAUGGUGGCUGAAGAUCUGCAGUCCUCUCCUCUUUCUUCCCAUAUUUGGAGUGCACUAGAGAUAGACACGCGAUAGAUGCUGUUACUGUUUUGUAAUUUACUGUCCUUCAAAUCAAAGAAUGGGGACAGCAAUUUCAUUUUUGUAACCACAAAGUUCUGUUGAAAUAAAACUGAACCGCUC